GGGAGUCUGGACGAACUGAGACAGCCUUUGUUCACGUGGAGCUCCUCGCAAUACCGGUUGGGUGUGCACGAGAGAGGAGAAGAGUGGGAUACUGAACGAGUGAGUUGACUCGCUGACGGGACCACUGAACUUGGCGACAUGGGUCGUGCAAGUGUUUCAUCGCUGAGCAGAGUCCCACUGUGGUGCUGGAGUAUUAUUACUGCGUGCAUCUGUUCUCCUGGGCUUGCCUUUCAACACCUCGAGUCCGAAAGGGGCUCGAGUACUCAACUAGACCUCACAGAGCUCAUUGGAGUGCCCUUGCCCCCCUCCGUCUCCUUCGUCACUGGUUUCGAGGGCUUCCCUGCAUACAGCUUCGGUCCGGAUGCUAACGUAGGCCGCCUCACGCGUUCCUUCAUCCCCGACCCUUUCUUCCACGAGUUUGCCAUUAUCGUCACGGCCAAGCCCACCACUCGCCGUGGAGGAGUCCUUUUCGCCAUCACCGACGCCUUCCAAAAGAUCGUUCACUUAGGAGUGGCACUCACACCUGUAGAAGAUGGAUCGCAGCGCGUGGUUCUUUACUACACCGAACCUGGCGCGGCACACUCGGAGGAGGCGGCUUCAUUUAAGAUGGGUGAACUGACGGGAAGAUGGGCCAGGUUUACGCUGGCUGUACAGGGAGAAGAGGUGAAGCUGUACAUGGACUGUGAGGAGCACCACAGGGUAGCCUUCCGCAGGAGCCAGGACAGCCUCACGUUUCAGCCCAGCUCCGGGAUCUUCAUAGGGAAUGCUGGAGGCACGAGGCUGGAGCGUUUUGUGGGCUCUAUCCAGCAGCUGGUGUUGACUGCCGAUCCCACGGCACCGAAUGAACAGUGUGAAGAAGAUGACCCCUAUGCAUCAGGUUAUGGCAGUGGUGAUGACACCUACGACGAUGAGACUGGAGAAGAAGUGAAGAAAGUUGUGGAGGAGAGAGAAUUUAUAAUGCCAGAGGAUCUGGAGACCAGCCCUGUGAGAGCGCCCCCUACUGAAGCUCCAAUAUAUGAAACUGAAACAGAUGAUGAAGAUUUGGAGGAAAGCUCUGGGCUGGACAUAGACAGGACAGAAACUAAAGUUACAGAGCCAAUCAGAUCAGAGGGAGCCAGUCAAGACAGAAAUGUCAUUAUUAUGCAGAAAGGACAAAAAGGGGACCCAGGCCCACCAGGACACCCCGGACCCCCAGGACCCAUCAGUCCAUCAGGUCCCUCUGGAGGAGAGCCAGGUCCCAGGGGUCCACAGGGCCCUUCCGGACCACUAGGAGUGCCAGGAAAAGAUGGCCAUCCUGGUAGUCCAGGGAAAGAUGGAGGCUCUGGCGAGGUCGGACCUCCAGGAUUUCCUGGACUAUCUGGAGAGCUGGGUCCUAAAGGAGAGAAGGGGGAUCCUGGGGUGGGCAUCGCAGGGCCACCUGGACCUCCCGGGCCACCAGGGCGCCCAGGAACAUAUAAGUAUCCGGACAGCAUUGAUGGCUCAGGUUCAAGCUAUGUGGAUUUUGACAGUGACACAGAAAUAAUAAGGGGUCCCCCAGGGCCACCAGGGCAGCCGGGUCCUCCUGGCCCCUCUGUGGGAGUUCAUCCAGGUCCAAUAGGUCCCCCUGGGGCUCCUGGAAAAGAUGGGAAGGAUGGGGAGAUCGGUAAACCUGGAAUUCCGGGUGUAGAUGGACGAGACGGUGAACCUGGCAAAGAUGGUGAAAGAGGCCAAAAAGGUGAACCAGGUUUACCUGGACUCAUGGGAACAAAGGGUGACUCAGGCCAGACAGGGGUCCCAGGACAGCCGGGACCUGUGGGACCUGAAGGCCCCAAUGGGCAACCAGGCCCUCCUGGCCCACCCGGGCCACCAGGAAAAGGCCUCAGCUUUGACAUUAUGGAUUCUGAAGGGUCGGGAAUGGAUGUCAGCAGUGGCUUCAGACCUGUGUUGCCUAGAGGACCACCCGGUCUUCCCGGUCUUCCUGGCCCACCAGGACCACAGGGAAAAGAUGGCGCUGAUGGCCCUCCGGGUGUUUCUGUGAAGGGGGAACCAGGCCCUAAAGGAGCUGAUGGACAACCUGGAUUAGCUGGACUGCCUGGAAAACAGGGGGGAAAUGGAGAGAAAGGUGAUAUGGGGCAGAAGGGUGAACGGGGUCUGGAUGGAAUUGGUCCACCUGGGUCCCCAGGCCCCCCCGGACCUCCGGGACAAAUCAUCAACCUGCAUGAGCUAAUGCUCAAUGACACCGAUGGUCUCUUGAACAUCUCAGGGAGUUUUGAACUUCAAGGACCGCUGGGGCCAAGAGGUCCCAAAGGUGAUCGUGGGGUUCCAGGGGUCCAGGGACCUCCAGGUAUACAGGGUCAGAAAGGAGAGCCGGGGUUAUCCGUUACUGAUGGAGUGCUCAUGUCUGGAGUUUCGGGGCCACAGGGACCAAAGGGGCUAAAGGGAGACUCUGGUGUUCCUGGAGCGCCUGGUGAAAAGGGCCCAAUCGGACCAGUCGGAGCGAAAGGAGAGUUUGGGUUUCCAGGACGUCCAGGUCGUCCUGGAAUGAACGGUCGUAAGGGUGAAAAGGGAGAAUCUACAGGGUUACCUGGGCUUCCUGGACCUCCAGGACCACCAGGGAAACCAGGAAUAUUCAACUGCCCUAAUGGAACAGUGUUUCCGGUUCCUCCUCGACCUAACUGCAAAAAGCCCGUUAAUGGAGAUUCUACACAAGGGGGAGCUAGCUGCUCAUCUUCCGGUGCCAAAGGAGAGAAAGGAGAGAGGGGCAUCCCUGGGUUACCAGCCCCAUCAAGCAAUACACUGGAAACCAAAGUGAAGGGUGAUAAAGAUGACCAAGGUUUCAGGGGAGAGAAAGGUGAAGCGGGUAUGCCGGGCCUUCCUGGGGUCCCUGGAAAAUCUGGCUUGGUGGGUCCUAAAGGGGAAUCCGUUAUGGGGCAACCUGGUCAUCCAGGACCACGAGGACCCCCUGGUGCACCAGGUUUUGGGAGAACUGGUUUCGAUGGACCUCCGGGACCACCAGGACCUCCUGGACCACCUGGACAAUACAGCUCUGGCGUCAUGAUCCCCGGCCCCCCUGGCCCCCCCGGGCUCCCAGGAAGAGCCACUGAUACCUCAAGUGCCGUCAGGAAUUAUGCAAGUCUCCAAGAAAUGAGACAACAGUCACAUGUGGAUGAGGUGGGAACACUGUCCUUUGUUACUGAUACGGGUAAACUCUAUAUUAAAGUGCCAGGAGGCUGGAGAGAGAUUCAGCUUGGUGGCCUGAUCGAGACAUAUACUGCCCCUGUCUUCUCACAAGAUGAUGCCGGACCACUGAUUCUGUCCCCUCAACUCAGUAUUACACCCAAAAUCCACACAGGAAAUGCACUCAGGUUGGUGGCUCUGAACACGCCCUUGUCUGGAAACGUGGGUUCCAUCCAUUCGGUCAAUAAGCUUUGCAGGAUCCAAGCUCAAGCCAUGGGCAUCAGAGACGAUUAUAAAGCCUUCCUCUCCCAUCAUCUUCAAGAUCUGAUUGACGUGGUGCAGCCAAUGUACCGUGCAAACAUUCCCAUCGUCAACUUAAGGGGUGAGGUUCUGUUCAAGAGCUGGGACAGUAUCUUCUCCAACCAUCUACUUCCUCGCGGCAUCCCUCUUUAUUCUUUCGAUGGGCGGGACGUAAUGAGUGACCCCUUUUGGCCUCAAAAGGCUGCAUGGCACGGCUCUUCGGAGAAAGGCAAGCGGCUGGAUGCUUUGAACUGUGAGUCCUGGAGAGCAGGUGACAUGGCCAUCACCGGUCAAGCGUCCUUCCUCUACAGCGGUUUACUUAACCAACAAACCCGCAGCUGCUCCAACCAGUUCAUCGUUCUGUGCAUCGAAACCAGCAACAACCACAAAACCAUUGAAGAGCUUCAGAACGCACAGAAUCGCCACAGAAGAUGGUAUUACAGAUAUUGAGAUCACAGGCCUCCAGCAAGCAAACCGGAGGAUGUUCAUUUGUUGGGACCGAGAUGACAGAACUUGAGCAGGCCCAAAAGCCACGCGACCAACAAAUCUCAGGAUUUGGGCGCAUGAACUUUUUAAUACAAGCAAGGCCAUCUUUGAAGAAUGUAAAGUUGACCCAAGUCAUUUUGAUGCACUGUACUUUUCAUAUUGUGUUUUUAUGGUGUUGAUUUUUCCAAACCAGCAAAGGUCUUUUUUAACACGCCAUUUAUUUGUUUGUUAUUCUGUUGGUAUUUAAUUUAAUUUCAGUGUUUUAUUUAUACAGUGACAUCGCACAUCAUUGAAACAUGACUGAUGAGUAAGGAUACAUGUGUAAUUUAUGGUUCCAGCUGUUCAAAUGAGUUUUUGUUAAGCGGCUUUCAGUUAGAUCCGACCAAUCAAACUUUUACUGAUAAUUUGUAAUUCACUAUAAGUUAAGACAGCCAAAACAGACCAUCACGUCACCCUUUUCUAUCAUUUUUUUUAACAAGAGGUUUUCAAUAAUCUGUUGAAUAAAACUUUUU